UACGUUUUCGUUUUCGUUUUAAACGGCCAAAAACAACCGAAAAUAACAAUCAUGAUAAUGAUUAUUAUGAUAAUCGUCGUCGAAAUUGUUCAAGAUUGAAAAAAUUACUCAUGUUUGGCAACAAUAACAACUACCAUCAUCAUUAUCAUCGUUCAAAUUCAAAAGAAUUUAAAUCAAAUAUCUGUGAUGAUUUAUUGAUCAAUAAUGGUGAUGAUGAUGAAAAACUGAAUAAUGGUGAUUCUGUUUCGGAUUUAGAAUCAAUAGAAUCAUUAAAUCUGCAAGAUGUUGAUUCGCAACCAAUGAAAUUUUUAAAUCGAUCAUCUCAUCAAACAACAACCAAAUCAUAUUCAUCACCUACAUCACCAAAAAUAAUGAUUUCAACAUGUAAUGAUUCAAAAUUGAUUAUUAAUCAAAAUAUUGAAUCAAAUAAUAAUAAAUCAAUAGUACGUGUUAUAAAACCAACAGCUAUUCAUCCAAAUAUAAAUUAUUUUCCACCAAGACCAUCAACAUCCGUAGGAUUACAUAAUUCUGGUUUAAUAGAACCAUCAUCAUCAUCAUCCCAAUCAAAUCAUUCAUCAGCAUUUCAUCAAGUUUUAUCUCAUCAUCGACAACAACAACAAUCAUCAAAAUCAAAUUCAUUAAGUGAACCAUUAUUAAUGAUUGUAUCGAAUCCUUAUUCAAAUCCAAUUUCAAUGGAAAAUAUUGAACAUAAUGAUAAUGAUAAUGAUGAUGAUAAUGAUGUAACAUCAACCAUUAAUCAUGUCGAUGAGGAAAAAUCAUUGAGAAAUUAUGAUCAUCAUCAACAAGAACCAAUUCAUAUGACAUUGGAAGAAGUAAGAAGAAUUGCAUUUGGUUCACCUGAAAGAAGAUUGAUUACAAGAAAUUCACAUUCUUCAAGUCAAGAAUCUCGUUCAUUUUCAUCAUCUACAUCAACAACAGCAAAUGUUGGUCUUAACAAAUCAACUUCGGGAACCGGUCAUCAUGGUCUUCAUAAUGCUAAAAUAAAGAUUAAAAAUUUUAUGGAUACUUUGUUGAAUAAAACUACACCUUGUAUCAAUGGUGGUGGUCAUUGUUCAAGUGAUUAUUCAACAACUAACAAUGUUGAUCAUUCAUCGAAUAUAUCAUCUUCUUCAUCACCACCGAUUACUCAGAAUAAUUUAAAUUCGAAUAUUCGAAGAAGACGACAUACACGACGUCAGCCAAUCGAAACGACCAGAUCUGAAUCUCAACAACAACAACAUUUAUCAUCACCAUUCAUUCAACGAGCUUUACCACCAGUUCCGGCAACAAAUUUAUUUAUUGAUCAUAAUAAUAAUAAUAACGAUGAUAAUGAUAAUGGAUCCGAUCAAAUAAUCACUACUGAUGAUGAUAAUCAUCAUCAUCAUCCAAUGUUAAGAUAUCGAUCAUCAUUACAAAUGACUCGAUCACAAUUAAAAUCAAUGUCUGAAUAUGAAAGACAAAAAUAUUUAGAUUAUGUUUCGAGUAUUGAACGAGUGAAAAAUUGUGGUUGGUAUUGGGGUCCAAUAUCAGGUGAAAUGGCUGAAAAAUUAUUAGAAUCCGAACCAUGUGGAUCAUUUUUAGUACGUGAUUCAUCCGAUGAACAUUAUAUAUUUUCAUUAUCAUUUAAACUUGAUGAAAUGGUUCGUCAUGUUCGUAUUGAACAGGAACAAGGAAAUUUUAGUUUUGGUUCAUUGAAAAAAUUUCGUUCAUCAACCAUUGUUGAUUUUAUUGAAAGUGCUAUGGAACAUUCACGUAGUGGACAAUUUUUAUUUUUUUUACGUUUAGGACCGGAAUUGGGACCAAUUCGUGUACAACUUCUUUAUCCAGUAUCAAGAUUUAAACGUGUACAAUCUUUACAGCAUAUUUGUCGAUUUGUAAUACUUCAAUUUGUUCGUCGUGAUCAAAUUCAUCAAUUAUCAUUGCCAGAAUAUCUUCGUCAUUAUUUGGAUACACCAUAUUAUUAUUCGGAAGAAUUAGCAAGAAUGCAAACAAAAAAUGAAAUCAAUCGACAAGAUGAACAACAACAUUUAUUGGAUAUGAAACGUAAACUUUUUCUACAAACCGAUUAUCAAACAUUAAUAUCAAAAAUGUUAAUAAAUCGUUUGAAUUUGGAGAAAAAAUUAUCAAUAAAUUUACCGGUGAUUGAACCAUUAGAUAAUUUCAUUGAUGAUACUGAAGAUAUUGAUGAAACCAAAGAAAAUAAUUCUACUACCGAUUCUGUCAUUCAUCAUGAUAAUAAUAAUGAUGAUAACCAUGAUCAACAACAUUUGUUAUAACCAAUAUAUUCAUACUUUGAAACAACCAAAAAAAGAAAAUUAUUUUUGCUGAACAUUUCUAGUCAUUUUUUUCAUAAAUCAUUCAU